AUGUCCGUUGUUCCCGUUGGUGGCGUAUCGCCUCUUAAUUCUGAUGAACGGCUGACGAACUGGGUUCAGCUCUCAGGACAUAGCGGCUCCUUCAUUCCGGACAAGGCUGGUGUCAUUCUUAAAAUGUACAAUGAACGCGAAAGCAAAUGCCUUUUGGCACUCACCUCCGACAUUCUUCGAAGUUUCGUGCCGAAAUACAUGGGAGAGAAGAUAACGUCGGAUGGAAAACGCUUUAUCCGGAUGCGAGACCUCUUGCACGGCUUCAACAGUCCCUCAAUAAUGGAUGUGAAAAUGGGGCGACGGACCUUUCUUGAAGAGGAAUGGCUUGCUCUUCAUAGCGGAGCUCCCAAGCUACGACAGGACAUGUACCAGAAGAUGGUUGAGGUGGAUCCGAAUGAACCAAGUCCUCUAGAACACCAACAGGCCGCUGUCACGAAGCUUCGUUACAUGCAGUGGCGGGAGACACUUAGCUCGUCUGCUGAUUUCGGUUUUCGAAUCGAAGGCAUCAAGGCUAGUUGCUUGUCAUCUUCUCGAUUGUUCUGCCUCACCGGCGACCACGACGACAAGCCAUCGCGGGAUUUUAAGCGCCUCAAGAACUGGUCGGACAUUAAGGCCUGCCUCAGCAAGUUUACCGAGGGAUCUAAGCCAUUGCAGGCGACCUACCUCAGACGGCUAAUAUCCCUCCAGAAAGUGCUCCAGUCUUCUCCGUUCUUCAAAUCCCACGAGAUGAUUGGCACGUCCCUCUUGUUUGUCCACGAUCGCACGGGUCGAGCGAACAUUUGGAUGAUCGACUUUGGUAAAACGCACCCCCUUCCGGCUGCCGUGCAAAUAGACCACCACAGGUCGUGGGUUGCUGGAAACCAUGAGGACGGUUAUUUGUACGGCCUGGAAAAGUUGAUCGAUAUGUACACCGAGCUAAUCCGUGAGGUGCUCCCUUCGGCCACCUGCAACCUUUCCUCGUCCCUCUGUCGCAACUUCAGAAAGCCCGCCAUUCUCUGUGAACACUCACCCCUGCCAGACUCGAGCAUUAUCCGAGGCGCCGACCACCUAUAG